AUGGGUCGACAAUGGCUGGCAUCUCUGUUAGCACUCAUUGUGUACAAUGUACAAAGUGCGCUUGCUGACAACGACAACGGCUUCGAUGAAAACCCACUGCAGUCCAUGGCCAGGUAUUCAUCAAACUGGUACUCACUGAUCCUUCCUGCUUGCUGUCUACUGCUUCCAACAGCACCUCGAACUGAUGAGCUCAUGAUGCCUGAUUAG